UUCAGACAGAAGGGCACCGCGGUGCGAGGCGCGAGCACCCACACCACAGAGCCGCAUCCGUCGACGCACUCACGUGGACUCUGUCAGAAAGCUGGCGAGCAUGGCCGCCCCCGCCGCCCCCGUGUCAGCCGCCUCCAGCGCGACGCCGCCUCCGCAGCAGUUCUGUCUACGCUGGAACAACUACCAAACCAACCUGACCACCGUGUUUGACCAGCUGCUGCAGAGCGAGGUGUUCGUGGACGUGACCCUCGCCUGCGACGGCCACUCGGUCAAGGCGCACAAGAUGGUCCUCUCGGCCUGCAGCCCCUACUUUCAGUCGCUCUUCUUCGACAACCCCUGCAAACACCCCAUCGUCAUUCUCAAGGACAUCAAGUGGCCCGAGCUGAAGGCCGUCGUCGAGUUCAUGUACAGGGGCGAGAUCAACGUCCUCCAGGAGCAGAUUGGUCCCCUGUUGAAGGUCGCUGAAACGCUGAAAAUUCGCGGCUUGGCCGACGUAAACGGCGAGCCGGAGUCACACCAGGCACCACCUCCGGCCGCCCUGCGCUCUCCAGGUCCCACCCUGGAGACGUCCCCAAAGAAGUGCGGUAGCCCUGACGGAAAUUCGUUGGCAGCCGACGAACCGCUCGCGCUAAAAAUGCAGCAGCAGCGGCCAAAGAAGCGUCGCCGCACAUCCGGCGGCGAAAAGAGCACUUGCAGCAGCUCUGGCAGCCCCGACGACGGGGCCAUGGGGGCCCCGGCCAACCCGGCGGCCAUCCCCACCGUGCACCUCGAGCUGCUCGAGUCGAUGGCCGGCGGCAUCAUGGAGCCGUCCGUGGCCGCCGCGAUGGCCGCCUCUCUUGCCGGCCUGUCGCCGCAGGAACACUGCCGGCAGCCGUCUGGCACUCCUGACUCGAUGGUCAGCCUGCCGCCGCCACAGCUGCACCCACCCCCGCCACCCCCGUCCGUGACAGAUGAUCUCGAGAUCAAGCCUGGCAUCGCUGAGAUGAUCCUCGAAGAAGAGAGGAUGCUCGGCGAGGUUCGACGCAAAGAAAGAUGGGACAGAACAAAUCAACACCAACAAAAAAUAGCAAAGCUUCUCGAGUCUUCACACGCUUGGUUGGGAGCUUCAACUUCUUCAAUUAAUGACAGUUACCAGUACCAGUUGCAGAGCAUGUGGCAAAAGUGCUGGAACACAAAUCAGAGCCUGGUGCACAACCUGCGGUUCCGCGAGCGCGGACCCCUCAAGUCGUGGCGACCGGAGACUAUGGCUGAAGCCAUCUUCUCGGUGCUUAAAGAGGGUCUUUCGCUGUCGCAGGCGGCCAGAAAGUACGACAUCCCCUACCCGACCUUUGUCCUUUACGCUAAUCGCGUGCACAACAUGCUUGGACCCUCUGCCGAUGGUGGAGCAGGUGAGAGUCAAUUAGAUCUGCGGCCAAAGGGUCGAGGUCGUCCGCAGCGCAUUUUGCUCGGCGUAUGGCCGGAGGAGCACAUCCGAGGUGUGAUUCGCGCCGUCGUAUUCCGCGACCCUGCCCAUAUAAAGGAAGAGACGCAGACUUUGGCUAGACUGUACUGCAUGCAGGACCCGAUGCAGCAGCAGUACCCCAACCUGGCACCCAACGGCUCCAUCCCUGACGGCGGCAGCCGCUCAGUCACCCCGACGCCCAGUUCUGCGGCGGCCGCCGCCGUGGCCGCGGUAGCCCAGGGUCUGAGGCAGCAAAUGUGCGGCCUGGCGGCCCCUGGAAGCGAGGCCGGCGGCCAGCAAGCACCAUCGAGCGCAGCGGUGGCGGCGCUGGCGUCGGCGCUGCUCGGCCGCGACGCUGACAACAUGCACCAGGCGGCCGCGGCCCUCAACAACAACACGAUGAACGCUCUGCUGAACAACGGCUCGGGCACCGGCCUCCGCGGCCACGCCAACAGUAUGGCCGCCCUCUCAGGCAUGGCCUCGUACAAGCAGCACUCGCUCUUUGGCCAGACGAGGGCUUCCGAGGGACUCUUCCAACAGGAGCCCGAGCAGGAGGAGCAGGCAGUCACCAAGAACAACCACCAGCACCACGCCAUGGACGUCCACGAUGAUAACGACGUGCUCCAGCAUCAGGUCAAGACCAUGGACGUGUCGGCUGCGGUUUUGGACGCGCGAGCUGAAUGAGUGAAAAGCAGGGAACUGAUUUGGCCGAAUGCCGAGAUUUGAGAGAAAUUUUAGCCUCUUCGGUGUCAAACAACACGUAAAAAGCGGCCAGCCGUCGGCUGCCUGUGGUUGAUUGAGAGCAGAAUUGAACGAAUGUGUAAAUAACGCACCACUGCGUAUUGGUUUUUUCAUGAAAAUUGUUUAUUCGACUAAGUUUUUUUUACCAAAGCUGAUCAGGUUUUGUUGAACUUUCAAGUGAGCAGGGUAAAAUAGCCAGUGUCAUUAUAUCCAGUGACAUUCUACAGACAUCUUUUGACUGUCAUGCUUACUUAUAUCAUAUAUUUGGCUCCGGAUCAAUCCAAGCCGGCUGUCUUUUCCAUCUUGUCAGCAUUUAUCUCCAAAAGGCAUUAGAAAUUCAUGACGCCUGCCGCGUCUUAAAAAUUUCCCAUGCAAAUAUUCCAAAUUGUAUGCACAUAAAAAUUAGAAAUAAUGACGUCGUCGAUGCAAAUUAUCGAGUGAUUUUGUUCAACUGUUUCAAUCGUAAUUACAAAAAUAGCUUUGGCUGCAUUAAUUCACACAUUUAAUUCUUAUGUCUACUUAUUUUUGCAUAUAAUUUGUGGCUGUGAAUGUAUAAUUUCAUUCUAUAUAAAUAUAUUUAAAUAAAGGUUAGAUAGAGACUAUAAAUUUUGUGUAAGCAAAAUGCGGCUUGACUCUUUUAUACCAAAAAAAUGCUAAAUUUGGAAAGGUUCAAAUUGAAAGGGAAGAGAGAGUGAGUCACGAAAUUGUUUUGGUCCUGUGAUACAGAAUUUAGACUCGCUCUCUAAGCAGUAAGGUUCGUAAAUAUACAUUUUGUAAAGAGAAACGACACUAAAAUUCAUUAUUUGCAAAAGGAGCAGUUGCAUAUAAUUACAUAGUUAAAUGGCGUAAUUGUGCUGUUUUAAUGUUGAAAUAAUUGUAACAUGGUCAUGCAUAAAGUAAAUUGUGCAAAGUUCGUCCCCUUCAGUUGGUUUUUUGAUGUUGAAAGAGUGGCCUUCCAGCAUUUCGACACCCCCAAAACACACAGGUCCAGUUAGCAGAAUGCAACCAUUUGGCUUCGAAAAGCGCAGAUUUUAAUUUUGUCUGCUCGCAAGUAAGGUGCCUAAACCUGCUGAAUGCAGACUGGUGGAUUUGACUAAACAAAAGUUGAGCAAAACAAAACUGGCAUAAAAAAUCCCAUCGAAACGGGAUUGAAAAAAAUACAAACAUCCGCCAGUCUUGCUGCGUUUUCUACUUCAGGCAUACAAAUGAAAUCCAUUUUGGCAUUUUGAUUGAAUGUGUUCAAUGUAAGGAAAUCAAUUCUAUUUAAGGAAGAAGUAAGUGCCUUUUGAAAUCUCUUUCUAUUUAGAUAAAAGUCUGAUAUGAUCAGAUAUUUUAAAAUUCACUCUUUCGUACAUAUACAAAUUUAAAAAGCACAAAAAUGGCACGCACGCAUAAAGAAAGGUAUGACUAAAAUUUGCAGCAAAAUAUUCUCGAAGCCACCACUGUUGACAUUAAACUGCAGAGCGGUCGCUUACAGUUAGACCUGAAGUUGAUAAAGAUGAAAAGACCCCGACGCACUAGUAGCGACUAGCAUGAUUGAACAUCAGAGUAUAGUAAUUGGCAUAUUGUUGACAUAAAAUAUGCACAAAUACAUGACUACUGCUUGCAUACCACCUAUUUUAAAUUAUAUUCCACGCGCACCACUUCAUGUUUCAUUGAUGAGUAUUUAUUAUGAGAUAUCAAACUGUUAACCCUCACGAAACACUACUAAACAUAGCAUGUAAACAUUCUUCGCCAAUUGCAUUAAAUUUAGUACAACAGAGGAAAGCUAAUGGAAAUAGUGUAAAUAAGUGGCAGACUAUAAUUCUCAGAUGAACACGAGUACUAGUAAUUUAUUUCAAAGAGAAACACAAGAUUCGAGUUUUACUGACGCAAGAGUUAAAAUAAAUUGUGUAAUUCAAUUUUUUAUCAAACAAUCACACUGGUACAAAUGCAAUAUUCUAUAUUUUAAUUUUUAAAAAACACGAGUAAAGUACAAAAUUAUACCACUUGAUAUUGCAUUUCUUGAGUUGUAGCGAGAAUAAUUCAGAGCGAUUCAGUGGCGUCUUGUCUCUCCACGAACUGCUUCUAAUAUUCUUUCAUUGUUUGUAACACAACCCGCACUUAUUUUUUCCUCAAAAUCUUUUAAGUGCCAAAGAUCUUGUUUCAUAAUGAGCAAAUUAUUUGCAAAGCAAAAAUGGUGUGUAACUUAAGCCGAUCGCAGGAGUCUUAUCAAUUAUUAAAAAUACUUGUAGCUCCCAUGGUUUCAUCUCAUAUGUACAAUAAGUGUAUCUACUAUAGAAUAAGAAAGAGAAAUCAUUCAUUCAGAUUGACAGUUGCCCAAACUUGGUCCCUCACUAUCAACAGUCAGUAAUGUAAGAAAGUGAAUUAUUCAGCUAACAAAAGGUAAUGCAGAACAAGAGUGUAACAUUGCGUUGAUUUGACAUCAACAUACCUGACAGUGAUAAAAAUAAAAAAGUGUAUAUUGAAAUAUAAUUAUAUUACAUCAACCAUCGGUAUUCAGUGUUAUUAUCAUAUUAAUUUCUUGUUAUUGUGAUCAUUGAUUUGCUGUAAGAGUAAUUAAGUGUAUUGAUUGUCCAAUAAAGCAUAGAUCUUAUUACUAUAA